AUGAUCAUUCAAUCAUUAUUUUGCCCGCACCCCACCUUGCUCGCCCUCGAAGGCUCGAACAUAUUUUUUUAUGUUUGCCUGGGUGGCGCGUCUGAACUCUCAAACUCGACAGCAGUGUUGAUCAGUUGCAUUGCAAAUCGUGAAGAGGCCCAGGGAAAAGGAAAACGCUCGCGAGCACUGCUGCCACUCAGCAGUUCUCCACCCCAACCACACUUGUGUCCACUUGCUAACCCGGACGAAAGAAAUUAUUUUUGUCGAGCGGAGGAAGUUUCGUCUGAUCUCUCCUCGAGCCUCUUCCUUGAGCCUCAACCGGUCUAA